AUCUUUUUGAACACAAACAAGACCAAUUUUCGAUUUCUUCCGUUUUUCCAACGCUAUAAAUUGACCUUACUUUGCGACAAUUACAACAACCCUCUUUUUCUUCUCUCCCUUUGAUUCUCUUCUUAUACUCCGUCUUUACUUCGUUAUACCCUCCCUCUCUUCACUAUUCUCAUUUUUCCAUUGAUCCUACCUCGUUUUUCUCGCCUAAAUCAUUAUAUAAACAAGACAAUGGCUACUGAAGUAUGUAACCAUGCUAUUGGGACUUUGCAGUCUCAUUCUUACCUUAGUAAUUUGAAUCAUAGCCAAAAACUCAGGAGCGGUUCGCUGAGAUUGGCGAUGAAGGAUUUUAUCCCUAGUAAUAAUGGCUUGACAACUGGAAGAAGUCGGAGGAAUUAUUUUGUAAUUCGGUCUUCUGCUUCCCAUUCUCAGACGUCGGUUAUUGAUCCGGUGUUGUCCCCUUCAAGAAGCAACAGUGGUGACACUCCUAAGAAAUCAAAUGAAGCAGCUUUGAUCCUUAUUCGACACGGUGAGUCGUUGUGGAAUGAAAAGAAUUUGUUCACUGGUUGUGUUGAUGUACCACUUAGCAAUAAGGGUAUAGAUGAGGCAAUCGAAGCUGGAAAAAAGAUUAGUAACAUACCUGUUGAUGUCAUAUUUACAUCUGCGUUGAUUCGUGCACAAAUGACAGCCAUGCUUGCCAUGACCCAGCACCGCCGUAAGAAGGUGCCUGUUGUUUUGCACGACGAAAGUGAGGAAGCAAAAGCAUGGAGUCAAGUUUUUAGCGAAGAUACAAAAAAGCAGUCCAUUCCAGUCACAACAGCUUGGCAACUAAAUGAAAGAAUGUAUGGAGAACUACAGGGUCUCAAUAAGCAAGAAACAGCAGACAGAUACGGCAAAGAGCAAGUCCAUGAGUGGCGCCGAAGCUAUGACAUACCUCCUCCCAAUGGUGAAAGUUUAGAAAUGUGCGCUGAAAGAGCGGUAGCCUAUUUCAGAGACCGGAUUGAACCCAAACUUUUAUCCGGAAAGAACGUCAUGAUUGCAGCACACGGGAAUUCGUUGAGAUCCAUUAUCAUGUAUCUCGACAAGUUAACUUCCCAAGAGGUCAUUAGCUUAGAACUGUCGACCGGAAUUCCAAUGCUUUACAUUUUCAAAGAGGGAAGAUUCAUUAGAAGGGGGAGUCCUACAGGACCAACUGAAUCUGGAGUUUAUGCCUAUACCAAGCAUUUGGCUCUUUACAGACAGAAGUUGGAUGAGAUGUUCCAAUAAUAACAUUAUUUAGGAAAUACUUCCACAGAUAAAUCACCUAUGGGGAGAUUGUUCUCAGUGUUACACUGCUAGGUGCCUUCAAUAUUAGCUCAUAUUUCUAAAGCUAGGUUGUUAUGGUUGUUCUAGCAUAGUGUUGAGCCUUUGUAUCAGUAGGCUAGCUUUAAACUUUAGAUACAUUUAUCUCAUGAUGAGCAAGAGAUUGUAAAAAUACGAGCUCUAAUGUCGAAAUACUGUAAUAAUUAUUGAAAACAUUUUCAACAAUAAACAAGCAUUGCUCCGCGAUGGAGGGAAAAUUCUGUUGAA